ACUAAUUGCUCGCUAUAAGCUAGGUUAUUGCGCCCCUAAACCAACGUACUGACAACGCUACCUCCCCGGAACUCAAACUUUAACGUGAGUUAAUUGUAAUCUUACUCUCUAUAUACCAAAGUGAUUUACCUAGGAAUACAGUUGCACUUCACUGAAAACUAAUGAUGUGUUGAUGAGUUCAAUGAAUCCUUCGAUUCCUUUGGUUUUCUUGGCGAACUGACGUCCGACAAUCAAUGACCCGUUGACGUGUACCUGCAAUACGCCAUUGCCGUAGUGUGUAAACAGAUCUAUUUUUGGACGAAACUCAUUACUUCACAAACUGAGUGACACCUGGGCAUUCAUUUUGUACAUAAACUUGUGCAACCUUUUGUCGGAUGGACUUUAGACUUGCGUUGCUUAUGAUAUCAUGAUAUACGUGACAGAGUAUCAGUCAACUUGACUGAUGGCCUUUAGACCACGAUUGUUUCCUUUCUACAAAAGGUCCUUGUCAAGGUGCAGCAUUAUUCUCCAGCAUCUGCGGAUGAAUUCGCAAGCUGCAACAGAUGAGGUCCUUCUAGAAACUAUUGGAGACAAGGGUGUUAUCACUCUGAACCGACCGAAAGCUCUCAAUGCUUUGAAUCUGUCCAUGAUACGAACUAUUUAUCCACAAUUAAAGGCCUGGGAGGAUGACCCAGCUAUGAAGAUGAUCAUGAUAAAGGGUGCAGGGAACAGAGCAUUUUGUGCUGGAGGUGAUAUUGUAGCUGUAACGGAGGCUGGGAAAGUUGGCGACCCACUGUCACAACACUUCUUUAAGGAAGAGUACAUUCUCAACAAUGCCAUAGGUACACUACAUAUUCCCUUCGUGGCCCUCAUUAACGGGAUCACAAUGGGUGGGGGGGUUGGUUUAUCAGUGCAUGGUUCAUUCAGAGUAGCCACAGAGAAGACGUUGUUUGCCAUGCCAGAGACAGACAUAGGUUUAUUCCCUGAUGUUGGUGGCAGUUACUUUCUGCCUAGACUUGGUGGCAAGUUGGGGGUUUUCCUUGCAUUGACCGGUUUCCGGUUGAAGGGUCUUGACGUGCAGAAGGCAGGAGUCGCCACCCAUUAUGUCAAGUCAGAGAUGGUGCCAAUUAUAGAAAAAGAACUUCUAGAUUUAGAGUUUCCCGACACUGGAGACAUUGCUCACAUAUUAGACCGUUAUCAAAAAGAGACUUUAACAAAAGAUGGCGAUGCAGACUUUAUCCUCAAACCUCGCAUGGAAAAGAUCAAUAAGUUAUUUAAAGGUGAUAGGAUGGAAGACAUCUUCACACAACUCGAGCAGGAUGGCUCUGAAUGGGCGCUCAGUCAGUUAGCAUUGUUAAAAAAAAUGUCCCCUACAUCCAUGAAGGUCACGUUACGCCAAAUUAACGAAGGAGGGAGGCUGAGCUUGCAGGAUUGUUUCCAGAUGGAGUACCGACUCAGUCAGAGGUUCAUGGAGGACAAGGACUUCUAUGAGGGAGUGAGAGCAGUUCUCCUGGAUAAAGACAAGAAGCCCAAGUGGAACCCUGACACUAUCAAGGAUGUUUCUGACGACCAUGUCUCCCAUUACUUCUCACCGCUCCCGUCUGAUCAAGAACUAACAUUGUAGGAGACAGACUCUUAGGACUGUGAAGUCUCACCGCUCCCGUCUGAUCAAGAACUAACAUUGUAGGAGACAGACUCUUAGGACUGUGAAGUCUCACCGCUCCCGUCUGAUCAAGAACUAACAUUGUAGGAGACAGACUCUUAGGACUGUGAAGUCUCACCGCUCCCGUCUGAUCAAGAACUAACAUUGUAGGAGACAGACUCUUAGGACUGUGAAGUGUCACACUUUUCAUUAAGUUAUUGGAGUGUGAAUUCAAUGUGAAAUCACUAGCGAUCCAAGAAUGCGGUUCUCAUGAGGUGGACUGCACACUGAGAUAUGGGGCAACUGGGCUCAUUUUGAAUUCUGACGAAAACUGGACUACAGACUGAACUGAACUAUGAUUUUUAAUGCUAUUUUGAAAGUGCUUAAGUGUUUCCGUAAAUGCUUGGCAUUCACUGUAUACUCACUGUAGGUAUGAUGAUCAUGAAAUAAUAAGUCGAUGAGAGUGAUGUUCAUAA